AUGGAUGGUCUGUCAGCCAGUCUGCUGUCUGUGGUGCUAGUGCUGAUGGCCAGUCCAUGUCCAGCAGGAUCAGACUGCCCCAGCCUGGGGCCUGUACAACAGAUGACCUGUGGAGACGGGACAUGCACACUGCUGGAGUGGGUCUGUAAUGGAGAGGAUGACUGUGGAGAUGGAACAGACGAGACAGCAGCUACCUGUCAGGGAGCCAACCUUGUCUGUUUGGAGGGACGUGUCAGGCACAUAAGCAGGACUGACUCACACGUCGCAUUCUACACCUGCACCUGCCCUCCACUGUACACAGGCAAGAACUGUGGCACAGUCAACAUCACAGACCAGGGGCACUGUCAGCCACAUCCAUGUUAUAAUGGUGGCACCUGCCAGGAGGUGGAAGGAGGUUUUAUCUGCAGCUGUUCAGCAGGUGUUACAGGUGUUCUGUGUGAAACUGAUAUAAAUGAGUGUGAUAGUGACGCUCAGCUGUGCAGGCCAGGUGGUGUCUGCAUUAACCUGUACAAUAACUACAGUUGUGCCUGCUAUCCUGGCUUUAGUGGGCCUUCCUGCCAAACAUAUGACCCCUGUACAAGUCACCCCUGCAAACAUGGCGGCCGGUGCAGUGCAGCUGGAAACAUGUUCCAGUGCACCUGUCCGGCGGGGUACCAGGGCAGACUUUGUCAGGAGGAAGUUGUAGCUUGCAGCAGCGCCCCCUGUCAGCAUGGUGGGACCUGCACAGACACUCAGGAUGGGUUCAUCUGUACAUGUCCUACUGGUCUUACAGGAAGGACAUGUACAGACCAGGUUGAUGUGUGUUCAUCUGAACCGUGUACAAACGGUGGAACCUGUGUCGAGAGUUUGGGACAUUUUACCUGCCUCUGUCCUCCAGCAUUCGCAGGGCUUCAGUGUGAGAGACCACAGCUGUGCCUGUAUCCACUUCAGGACCCAUGUCAGAAUGGUGCAGUAUGUUUCCCUCUGCCAGGAGGAGCAGGUACAAGAUGUGUGUGUCUGACUGGUUUUACUGGAGACCUGUGUCAAAUUGAUAUAGAUGACUGCCAAAAUGACCCCUGUGGACUGCAUGGGCGCUGUGUGGAUGGAGUAAACUCCUACAGCUGUAGCUGUGAUGUGGGCUAUCAGGGACAGCACUGUCAGGAACAGCUUCAGCUGUGUCAUCCAAACCCCUGCAGAAAUAAUGGAUUCUGCUGUGCAUAUGGCCAACCAUGUGGACAGCAUUUGCAACCUGGAGAGAGAGAAUGUUACUGUACCAAUGGCUACACAGGACAGUUGUGUCAGGUGGAGCUGGAUGAAUGUAGUCAGCCUGAUGUUCACCCUCCCUGUUUGAAUGAUGGUUUGUGUCUUGAUGCUGUAGGUGACUACACCUGCCUGUGUGCAGCAGGGUAUACAGGUGCCAGGUGUGAGGUCCCUGCUCCAUGUGCCAUACAGCCAUGUGGAACAGGACAGUGUGUGGAGUCAGCAACAUCCUACUCCUGCAUCUGUCCUCCUCAUCUCACAGGACAGCACUGUCAGACACUGCUGCAUCCAUGUAACACAACAGACAGCCCGUGUGGACAAACUGGACAGUGCCUUUAUCAUGGGCAGUCCUUCAGAUGUGUUUGUUCAGCUGGUUAUACAGGACAACACUGUGAUGUACCCAUCCCUACAGUAACACUGUCCACCUCAACUACACCUGGAAUCCAGGAUCAUACAACAGUUACUGUUUUACCACUGCACACAUCUGAACCGACACAGGCGGUGUCCCUGGCACCACCUGCAGCAUGUGACAGCCUGCCCUGUCAGCAUGGUGGCAGUUGUUAUGAAGACAGUCUGGGCUGGUUCUGUAGGUGUUUAGAAGGGUGGCAGGGACAGAUGUGUGAGCUGGACACGUCUGUGUGUGAUCCAGACCCGUGUGUUCAAGGCUUCUGCUUCCCUCUGAAUGGAGCUGCAUUUUGUGACUGUUUCUAUGGCUUUACCGGGGACAGGUGUGAUGUCCUGAUUGUUGACUGUGACCCUGACCCCUGUGUCUAUGGUCAGUGUUCCAUAGGUGAACAUGGGUCUUACCAGUGUGAGUGUGAACCAGGCUAUUUUGGUGUGAACUGCUCAGAAGUUGUUCCUGCUUGUGCCAGCCAGCCUUGUCUGAAUGGAGGCACUUGUGUGGACAACAAUGCAGGCUUCAACUGUUCUUGUGCUGAUGGUUUCCUGGGUGAUGUGUGUGAGGUUGAAGACAGGUGUGCCCAGAUGACCUGUCAAAAUGGUGGAACCUGCAUAAUGAGUGCAAUGGAGUCAAGGUGUGAAUGUCCAUCUGGUUAUUAUGGUGAGGAAUGUGAGCAGGUGGACCCCUGUGCUGACCACCCCUGUGAGAACAGUGGGACGUGCUCGCUGCUCACCAGUCCAGACAGUCUCCUACUGUACUCCUGUCUGUGUCCACCACAGUACUUUGGAGUCCAUUGUGAGUUAAGAGAUGCCUGUACUGGUGAACCCUGUGGGAAUGGAACCUGUGUGAGUCUCAAUAACAGCACCAGGCAGCCCGAGUACCAGUGUCACUGUGUGCCAGGAUAUACAGGAGACAAUUGUAACAUCAGUGUCUGUGAUGAUAACAGAUGCCUACAUGAUGGACGCUGCCUGCUGAAUGACGAUGGCCAGGCCACAUGUUUAUGUACACAUAUGUACACAGGAAACAACUGUUCCCAAGACCUUUCCUUCUCCCUUGCACAGUUCCACGGACAAAGUUACCUGCAAUACCCCCAGCACCUGCCAGCUGUAUCCAGUUUACAGACUAGACUUGCCCUGGUGGUGAGGACAACACAGGAGAACUGUCUGCUGGUCUGGUUGGGAGACCCACAGGGUUUGGGAGACUUCCUGUCUUUAGGGAUCUACCAGAGUCAGUUGGAGUUCAGGUUCAAUCUAGGGAGUGGUAUUACAGAGAUUACAGCACCCACCACCAUCAGCAUCAACAAUGGACAGUUUUGGAAAGUUCUGCUGGACAGGAAUGAAAGAGAAGGUCAGCUGACAGUGUCUGCCCUGGAUGGCACAGACUUGGUAUUCACCUCUACGGCACCAGAGGGCGCUGUUGGUCUGAAUGCUGUAAACAACAAUCUUUACAUUGGUGGUCACCCCAGCGCAGCUGUGCAGGUGUCUGCUGGGCGCUACACCUCAGGACUGGUGGGGUGUGUGGCAUCGUUAGAGUUUCCAGGUGCGGGGACAGACUGGCAGGCAGCUGACCUGCAGCGGGAUGCUACAGGUGGGCUGGACAUCAGCAACUGUCAGGUGUGACACUCAGGAGUACAGACCUGGGCAGGGAUUCUCUACCAUGUUUUCUGCCUGCAAACUUGAAGAAGCCAACCAUCAGGCACAUACAUGUACAACACUUGAAAUUGCAGGUGGUAGGCAUGUGUUGGUGUACUGUAUGGAGCAGGAUAGAGAUAGGGCCAGAAGAGACUUUUAAAUUAACAAACGUACAGAUACUAGUUGUCUGGUUUCAAUCUUAAUUUAAGGCUUAGUGUUGAAUGCUUCUGGGUUUUAAACUGUCCAAUUGUCACCACUGCUCUUAUAUUCAUUGUACCAUUAUAAUACUAGAACACCAGUAGUGAGUGCGGGCCACACUUAGGACAAGUUGAAGUAGAAUUGUCUACAUCUGUACUCCAUGAGAAACUGAGUAUGGAAGCAACUUUGCAUUUUUUUUUGCUGUUUGUAAUGUUACGACAAAUUAUUAUUAGGAACAAGUGACAGUCUAGUGCAAUAAGUCAAUUUCUCAGACUGUUGAAAAUAUUAAAAAUUACAAAGUUUAUAUUAAAAGAGGACCAUUACAUCUGUGAUGUUCAACAUUUUAAAGUGCAAUAAUUAAAAAUCAUUUGUUAAUGUCACAAAAUUAGAAAAUCAUUGUGACAGUAAUUAUGGCUUCACCACAAAGUGGUGAAGACAUAUUGUGUUCCCUCAUGUUUCUUCUUCUUCUCCUGCCAUUU